CGGGCGGGCGUUCAUUCGGGAAUUCACCAAAUCGCAAGUCGUUUUCUUAUUCCGGUAUCGGAUCCUACACAUGAUGUUGAACUGCUGCUCGCGAUUUUUUUACCUUCACCAUCGUCAAUCAUCGAUCGUCGCACUCGUGUGUGUGUGUGUGUGUGUGUGUGUGUGUGUGUGUGUGUGUGUGUGUGUGUGUGUGUGUGUGUGUGUGUGUGUGUGUGUGAGUGUGGAAUAAACCGGAAGUGAAGGCGCCUUGCGAAAGGAUGCAACCGUGGUUGAAAGUGUCCCUGUUGUUGUGCGUGUUCGGGUUCUUCCGGGAGCUGAGACCCUCGGAACCGUUCGUCACCGAGUUUCUUUCCGGCGAGUGGCGUGACAUCGAGCCGGAACAGCUGAAUCGCGAUGUCUACCCGAUCGGCACGUACAGCCAUCUGGCGCUGCUGGUGUUUAUGUUUCUGCUCACGGAUGUCCUACGAUACAAAUCGAUUAUCAUCUUCUCCGCCUGUGUUGGCAUCGUCAUCUGGUCGCUGUUACUGUGGACCGAAACGCUAGCUGCACUGCAGGUAGUACAGGUACUGUACGGGACGUACAUGGCUUCGGAGGUUGCUUACUACACCUACAUCUACGCCAAGAUCGACCGGGACAAGUAUCAACAGGUGACGGGCAACACGCGGGCGGCCGUUCUGCUCGGUCGCUUCCUAUCCGGUGUCGUCUCGCAGGUCCUUAUCUCCACCGGUGCCAUGAACGUGCGCGACCUGAAUUACAUUACCUUCGGUGCGCAAACGUUCUCGCUGCUGUGGUCAUUCGUGCUACCGCCGGUCAAGACGAGUGUUUACUUCUACUCUUCCGCGCGUGACGACGCAGCGGACCAACCGCCGUCGACGACGACGACCGCAACGACGACGACGACGGAUGAGCCGCGGGCAAGCGAUCCCGAACAGCACCGAGGACAAACUGCCACAACAACGCCAGCAUCGCAGCAGCAGCAGCACGGCCAGGACGGCCACACCGAGGCACCAUUGGCCACAAUCACGACCGCGGCAGAAAAGCCCGAAGGCCAAAACAGAAAACCAACGACAACGGCCAUCACCAGCAGCAGCAACAAGGCUGAUGAUGAUGAUGAUGCAGCGAGAAAUUCCGGCCUACCACCAUCGCCACCAUCACCACCAACCCGUGUCACCUUCUCGGCAUCGCGUGCGGUCCGCCUGCUUGGUCGGCACUUUGUGGCCGCGUACCGCCAACUGCCCGUCAUCCAGUGGAGCCUCUGGUGGUCACUGGCGAUGGCCGGUUUCAUACAGGUGCAGGUGUACGUGCAGCUACUGUGGCACGAGAUCGACGAGGAUCAGGGUACGCUGUUCAAUGGUGGUGCCGAAGCGCUGCUCACCCUGCUCGGUGCGGCCAGUGCCAUGGUGGCCGGUUACGUCGCGAACCGGAUCUUCGAACAGUGGGCCCUCUGGAUACUGACCGUUUGCUCGGCCGUACAGGGUGGGCUCAUCCUUUACUCCGGCUUUGCCACCAACAUUUGGGUCGCGUACGCACUCUACAUCCUGUUCGGGGCCGCCUAUCUCUUCAUGAUCACUAUGGCCAGUGCUAUCGUUGCCAAGUACCUGGAAGAGGACAGCUUUGGGCUGAUCUUCGGCAUCAACACGUUCGUGGCAAUCGGCAUGCAGUCGCUCCUGACGCUCGCCACCAUCUCCGAGCGCGGUCUGAUGCUGGACCCACGGGAACAGUUCAAGGUGUACGGUGGCUACUUUCUGGUGCUGGCGAUCAUCUACCUAAUCGCGGCCAUCGUCAGUGCCUGUCUCACGUGUACCGCGAAUAGCAAAGCGAAACCACCGGUCACCGGAGAUGAAACAUGAAACCCUGGAUUAGAGUCCCCAAGAGUUGCAAUCAUCAGCUUCCAUCAGCUACCAGCUUGGUGCUGGAACCGAAUAAAAUGCUCCCCGUGCCU